AAAGAGACGCAAGAGAGGAAGUUGAAGUUGAACUGGAGAGGAAGAGAAAUGCCUGGUGUAAGGGAGGCAAUGAUUCAGACACCCCCACGACAUCUCACCCUCUCCCAAACUCCAACCUUCUGCACUACUUAAUUACUCUCUCUCACCUCUUUAAGAAUUCAUAUUCACCCUCCCAAAUUCAAUUUGUUAAUUCCUCUCUUCUUCUUCUUCUUCUUCUUCUACUCGAAAGAGAGAGAGAGAGAGAGAUGCGAAGCAUGGCAAGCUCGCCUUCUCCACGAGGCAUUGCAGCCAUCGUUGGUGUAGGCCCCAAUCUCGGCCUCUCCAUCGCUCGCAAGUUCGCUCACGAAGGCUACACCGUUGCCAUCCUCGCUCGUGACUUGGGGAGGUUGUCGAGAUUCGCGGACGAAAUAGCUCGGGAGGAGAAGGCACAGGUGUUCGCGAUACGAAUAGACUGUUCGGAUUCGAGAAGCGUGAGGGAAGCAUUCGAAGGAGUGCUAUCUCUAGGAUUCGUGGAAGUUUUGGUGUACAAUGCUUACCAACCACUCCCUUGGUAUCCAACCUCCUUCCAAGACAUUCGCCUUCAUUCCUUCGAAAAAUCCCUCGCCGUUUCAUCCGUUGGCGCUUUCCACUGCGCUCAACAGGUGCUGCCGGGGAUGGUUGAAAGAGGAAAAGGAACGAUUCUCUUUACUGGUUGUUCCGCUUCGCUGAAUGGCAUUGCUGGACACGCUGAACUAUGCUGUGGGAAAUUCGCUUUGAGAGCACUAUCGCAAUGCCUUGCAAGGGAAUUUCAACCUCAAGGAGUGCACGUAGCUCAUGUUAUCAUCGACGGUCUCAUUGGCCCACCCAGAGGAACAACGUUAACGACGUCGUGGCAGAGAGGUAAUUCGGUGGGGGAGCAAAGCAGUGGAGUGGUGGGAGGAGGAGGAGGUGAGGGUACAAUGGAUCCAGACGCAUUGGCUCAAACUUUCUGGCACUUGCACGUUCAAGACCGAAACGCUUGGACCCAGGAGAUGGAUCUUCGUUCCUCUUCUGCUAGAUUCUUCUAGUUUUCCUCAAUUAUGAAUCAACUCUGACGUCAGGACAUGAACAAAGAAUUAAUGAUGUUUCCAAUCAAAUGAUGAUGUUGGGUUGGGACUUGGCGGUGUGCGCGCUAAAUAUUAUGUGUAUAAAUUAAAGGCUAUACGGUGCGUCUUUGUGUCCAGUAAUUACUGUUUUCCAAUUUUUAGACACUGAAAUUACUAAAAGAAAAGGAUAUCAUAUGAUCCAUUUGUGUAUUGAUUUGGAUUAUUCUCUCUUGUCCAAAUAUGUAUGGAUUUUACAAAAUCAUGAUUAAUGACUAACUUGUCGGCAAUGGGUCAAGUUGGUUUGGAAGGGAGUGGGCGUCGAACAACACUGUGGGCCCAGCGGGGGAGAAGUUAAGGGGAGCGAAGGAGUGGGAUGGGGACAUUGAUGCAUGGAUAAAAGCAGGAAUUCGUGUUCUAAUUUUGGACACAAAAACUAUGUGUACUUGCUUGAAUCUCCUAAAGUAUUCAACUUUCUCUGUUGUUAUUUUCAUGCUAUUUCUUUAUGUUCUAAACCAAUUCAACUUAUUAUGAUAAUCAGUUCAUGUUCUGUU